AUGGAAUGCAUGGCUAGCAAAGUAAAUGCAGCCCUUUGCAAACUGGUUAAGAAAAUAUGGGAAGAAGGAGAAUUACCAGAGCAAUGGAAACGAGAAGUGAUAUGCUCGAUUCACAAAAAAGAUGAUAAAGAUAAGUUAGAAAAUUAUAGAAGAGUUACAUUAACGUGCACAGCAUACAAAAUUUAUGCAAGUUUGUUGAAUAAGAUGUUGAUGAAGGAAAUUGAAGACUUAAAUAAAGCAUUUGAUAGAAAGGAACGACAGGUUUUAGAGAAAAGAUUAAUAGAGAUGAAGGUGAACGAGAAGCUAAGAAAUAGGAUUAUGGAUAUCCAUAAAUAG